UCAAAUGGAGAGUGAAAAAAAAAAAAAAAAAGAAGCUUAGCCAUUUGGCAAAGAGAAAGAAGUAGAAGUUGAAAAAGAAAAGGAAAAAGAGCCAAGGAUUCUACAAUUGGGUAUUGCAUUAAUUGCUAAACAGUAAAUCAGAGAAGAAGAACGAUUUUGCAGAGCAUAGAAGCAAUAUGAUCUUCUUCUGUUUCUGUUUACAGGGCAAGUUUUGAAAAUUAGGAUAAAUAAUAAUUUAAUUAAAAAAAAAAAAAAGUGGAGUUUUGGUAUGUGAAGGAGAAGAGGAAAGAAAAAUAUAAAAACAUAAGGUUUCACGGGACUGUCAGAGGCUGAGAGGACACUGUAGUUUCAUAAACACUGUAACAGAGAGAGAAAAAUGGGUAAAGCAACAAGAUGGUUGAAGGGCUUGUUUGGAAUGAAGAAGGAUAAAGAAAACAGAGCGGCCAAUUCAAAUUCCGGCGACCGGAGAGACAAAAAAGCUUGUAAUUCUGACCUACUGUGUCAUAAUCCGGCGACUAUUCCACCCAAUUUAUCAGCAGCUGAAGCUGCUUGGCUAAGAUCAUACUACACGGAAACAGAGAAAGAACAGAACAAGCACGCAAUUGCUGUUGCCGCAGCGACAGCCGCCGCCGCCGACGCCGCCGUAGCCGCAGCUCAAGCAGCCGUGGCGGUUGUCCGGCUAACCAGCCAUGGACGAGGUACAAUGUUCGGUGGUAGCCAUGAAAGAUGGGCUGCUGUGAAGAUUCAAACAGUUUUCAGAGGAUAUUUAGCUAGAAAAGCUCUCAGAGCUUUAAAGGGAUUAGUGAAAUUGCAGGCACUGGUUAGAGGUUAUUUAGUCAGAAAACAAGCAACAGCAACACUUCACAGUAUGCAAGCUCUGAUCAGAGCACAAGCCACUGUUCGUUCCCAGAAGAAUCGAGCAAUCUACAACAAUGAAGCUAAUAGAUUCGAAACCCGAGCUCGAAAAUCCAUGGAGAGAUUUGACGACGCCAGAAGUGAAUUCACAGCUCCAACGCAUAGCAGGAGGCUCUCUGCUUCUCUCGAAUCCACUGUGACAGCCAACAUUGAUGAAAGCCCCAAGAUUGUGGAGGUAGAUACAGGCAGACCCAAAUCCAGGUCUCGAAGAACAAACACUUCCAUGUCCGAUUUCGGUGACGACCCAAAUUAUCAAGCACUUUCUUCUCCUCUUCCAUGUCGAAUCCCCUCGCGGAUAUCAGUCCCGGAUUGCCGGAACUUCCAGGACUCUGACUGGGGACUUACCGGCGAAGAAUGCCGGUUCUCCACCGCCCAGAGCACGCCGCGGUUCAUGAACUCCUGCAGCGGCGGGUCUAAUGCACCGUUGACCCCAGCAAAGAGUGUUUGUGCAGAUAACUUCUUCAGGAGUUAUGGUAAUUUUCCAAAUUACAUGGCUAACACUAAGUCUUUCAAGGCCAAAUUGAGAUCUCACUCUGCCCCUAAGCAGAGGCCUGAAGCGGGACCCAAAAGGAGACUCUCUCUGAAUGAAAUGAUGGAGUCAAGGAAUAGUCUAAGUGGGGUUAGGAUGCAGAGGUCAUGUUCACAAGCUCAGGAAGCCAUUAAUUUCAAGAAUGCUGUGAUGGGCAAGAUUGAUAGGUCCUCCAGGAUUUUGUAGUAGCGAAUCAGAAAGGAACUACUAGCAGAAGAAAAUGGUGAUGAAUAGGAUUUUAGAUGAAUUCAAGUUGGCAGCAUUUCCAAUUUGCUUUCUUGUUCAAAAACAAGAAAAACAGAAUAGAGGAUAACAGAAAGAACACAGGGUGUGUGAUUUAGAAUGUAGAUUCAAAAAGUUUAAUGUUUGAAUAAUUCCAUCCUUUUGUGAUUCUGAUUCUAUGUGUGUUUCUCUGGUGCGAUGGAAUUGUUCUUUUAUUAAUGGUGUUAUUAAUUGUAUAAUAAUUGGAAUUACAUAUAUAUUUUAUGAAGUCCCAAAAAGAACAAAAUGUACAACUUUUUACUC